AUGUCAUACAGCGUGACUCUGACCGGGCCUGGGCCCUGGGGCUUCCGUCUACAGGGGGGCAAGGACUUCAACAUGCCCCUCACCAUCUCCAGGAUCACUCCAGGAAGCAAGGCAGCCCAGUCCCAGCUCAGCCAGGGUGACCUCGUGGUGGCCAUCGACGGCGUCAACACAGAUACCAUGACCCAUCUGGAGGCCCAAAACAAGAUCAAGUCUGCCAGCUACAACCUGAGUCUCACCCUGCAGAAGUCAAAGCGUCCCAUUCCCAUCUCUACGACCGCACCUCCAGUUCAGUCACCACUGCCGGUAAUCCCCCAUCAGAAGGACCCUGCUCUGGACACGAACGGCAGCCCCGAGGCCAGGGCCGGCCUGGGCACCCCGGGCACGCCGGAGCUGGGGUGCGCCUUCAGUCCUGCCUUCUCUCAGGCCUCUAUCUGCUCGCCAUCUGUGGAGGUCUUGGACCCCAUUCCUUCACAGGGCAGCCCGGGCACCAAGACCAGCUCAGAGGGGGCCCAGGGGGCCCAGGGCUCACGCCAGCUGAGGCAGUAUAACAACCCCAUUGGCCUGUACUCGGCAGAGACCCUGAGGGAGAUGGCUCAGCUGUAUCACAUGAGCCUCCGAGGGAAGGCCUCAGGUGCCGGACUCCUUGGAGGCGCCGACUACCAGGAACGCUUCAACCCCAAUGCUCUGAAGGACUCGGCCCUGUCCACUCACAAACCCAUCGAGGUGAAGGGGCUGGGCGGCAAGGCCACCAUCAUCCAUGCCCAGUACAACACCCCUAUCAGCAUGUACUCCCAGGAUGCCAUCAUGGAUGCCAUCGCUGGCCAGGCCCAGGCCCAGGGCAGUGACUUCAGCGGGAGCCUUCCUGUGAAAGAUCUGGCAGUGGACAGUGCCUCCCCUGUGUACCAGGCUGUGAUCAAGAACCAGAACAAGCCAGAGGAUGAGGCCGACGAGUGGGCUCGCCGCUCCUCCAAUUUGCAGUCACGGUCCUUCCGUAUCCUGGCCCAGAUGACAGGGACCGAAUUCAUGCAAGAUCCAGAUGAGGAAGCCCUCCGAAGGUCAAGGCCCCAGGCCUCUGCCUACAGUCCUGCAGCGGCUGCCUCUCCAGCACCUGCCUCCCACACCAGCUACAGCGAGGGCCCUACGACCCCUGCGCCCAAGCCCCGGGUCGUCACCACUGCCAGCAUCCGGCCGUCUGUCUACCAGCCAGUGCCAGCAGCUACCUACAGCCCGUCGCCAGGAGCCAGUUACAGUCCAGCCCCCUACACGCCCUCCCCUGCCCCUUCCUACACUCCCUCCCCUGCCCCUGCCUACUCCCCCUCCCCAGCGCCAGCCUACACCCCCUCACCUGCCCCCAAUUAUAACCCUGCACCCCCAGCAACUUCAGCAGCAGGCUACGGUGGGGGCACCCCAGAAACUGCCAGCCGUCCCCCCUGGGUGACAGAUGACAGCUUCUCUCAGAAGUUUGCCCCUGGCAAAAGCACCACCACCGUCAGCAAGCAGACCCUGCCACGGGGGGCCCCAUCCUAUGCCCCUGCAGGCUCCCAGGGACCCCCUCUGGCCAGGGGCACCGUCCAGAGAGCUGAACGCUUCCCAGCCAGCAGCCGGACUCCACUCUGCGGCCAUUGCAACAAUGUCAUCCGGGGCCCUUUCCUGGUAGCCAUGGGUCGCUCCUGGCACCCAGAAGAGUUCAACUGUGCCUACUGCAAGACCUCCCUAGUAGACAUGUGGUUUGUGGAGGAGCAGAAUAACGUUUACUGUGAACGGUGUUAUGAACAGUUUUUUGCCCCACUUUGUGCCAAGUGUAACACCAAGGUCAUGGGGGAAGUGAUGCAUGCCCUGCGGCAGACGUGGCAUACCACCUGCUUCGUGUGUGCAGCGUGCAAGAAGCCCUUUGGGAACAGCCUCUUCCACAUGGAAGAUGGGGAGCCCUACUGCGAGAAAGACUACAUCAACCUGUUCAGCACCAAGUGUCAUGGCUGCGAUUUCCCCGUGGAGGCUGGAGACAAGUUUAUUGAAGCCCUGGGGCAUACCUGGCAUGAUACCUGCUUCAUCUGUGCGGUCUGCCACGUGAAUUUGGAGGGACAGCCAUUCUACUCCAAGAAGGACAAGCCCCUGUGCAAGAAGCACGCCCACGCCAUCAAUGUGUAGGGGGCUCAGUGUAGCCUGUGCGGGCGAGACAAGACCCGCAGCUGCUCCUGCUGCUGGCAACAGUGGAUUCGCAGUCUGAUGUGUCUUUUUUGGGGGGGAAAGGGGAAGGAGGAAGCGAUUGAGCCCCUUUGAAGUAUAAUUUUAGUCCUUCCUUCUGUACACAGAAUGUGCAUUUGCAUAGUUCAGACUAGAAGCCAAACGAACAUUCUCCACCAAACUAGCAAUUAAUCCAAGACUCUGUAGUGUUGUACUUCAAACGUUUAGGACAGAAUUCCGAGACCUCCAAAGUGGCUCAUGAACAACGACUUUCCCAAAGCCCUAACACCCUUUGCUGCGUCCUCCGUCUGUCCCGGCAUGGGGACUGAGCUCAGUGUGGUUAGUUGGUCGGUCUGUCAUUUGCUGAGACUCUGAAGCUGAGGUCUCCCAAACUCCUCUGGCAAACAAGAGCGAGUGCCAAACCCUCACUCGCUGCAGGUUAUUUUUAGAGCCAUAGCUGAGAGCUUGUUAGUUAAAUCCGAUCAGGCUUUCCUCACCAAAAAAGGAAGUGUUAUUCCCCCGACCAGCUCUCGGAGCGACCUCUGUGCAUCGGGCCUCAGACCCCGCACAAGCUGGAAUUGUUGGACAGAAAGUCCUGGCGUGUCCACAGCACUGUCAUCCAGCGGGGGCCACUCACUGGGCAGUGGCUUGAGCUUGGGGAGGGCUCCCUCUCUGGCCGUGAAGCACCCCUACAUCCCUGCAAGGUUAUGGUCCUGCCUCAGUUGUGCGGGGAGAGUGGAACUGGCUUCUUCCCAUCUGGCUUUGUGGUGUGUGAGCAGGCAUUGGCAAAGGGCUCUGGGUUGAGUAUCCAUGCAUGUGUCUCACCCCCUCCCCAACAUGCAAACCACCCCUAGUCUGCCCCAGCACCCUGGGCCCACCCCCAACUAGGUGCGUGGUCUGUGAAUGGGCAGAGCCAGGCAGUGUUCCAAGAGGGUGGUGGCUCAAGAGCUCAGACUCUUCCUGAUUUGCUGGCACCUUCAGCAGGAGCUAAGGAGCAGGUGGAACCUCUCCCCUUGCAGGUCUGCACUGUCCAUCUCACAGGUCCAUGGUAAACCCUGGGUGGUUGCUGGGAGGAACAGAUGGACCAAGAUCCAUGCUUUGGCCAUUUGGGCCAAUAUUUUGAGAAUGUGUGCAACUGAGUCUUUUUAUGGAAGUAGGUAUGGGCCCGCGAGCCUCUCCACCGUGUCAGUGACCGUGGGAGCUGAGGUGAACGUGGCCCGGCUGUUGGGUUGCUGCGGAAGCUGCUCGGCUCUGUCCUUUUUAGGAAGCACAGUUACUCAGUGAAGCAGCUGUGGCACCAACGCCAGCUUGUGCAUGGAUGGCUCCUGCUUGGGCACAGCAUCCGGGCGCCCUUCCAACUCUGCUACUCUCUCCUCACCCCUGCUUUUUUUUUUUUUUCCUGCACAUUUGAAAAGUUUUACCGGAAUGCAUUAAAACUCUUGGCUUUGCUUUUCUGGGAACUGAGGCUUCCAGGAGACUACCAGUCUACUGGACUGGGGCUCUUCCCCCUGCGAGUGUGACAAGGAGGCAGCUACUUGUGUCCCUGGCAGGAAGCCUGCGUCCCCCACCUCCUCUCCCGCUCAUGUGAAGCCACCAA